AUGCCGUUGUAUUCGGAAUUGUAUCACAACUUUGUCGGCAAUACGCCCAUCAUCCCGACGCCGAUCGUUUCGGUUGGAUCGUCCACCUACAGUCCGCCCACCUAUGUUGGCGUGUCGCGCACCUUUCCCAACCCGCUGUCAUCCGCCAGCGCGCGUACCGCGCCCUCCUUUACGCGGGGCUACGUGCCCAAGCUGACACCGAUCACCGAGACACCGCUCACCAGCACCCGAAUCGCGGCACUCGGGCGUGUCAGCUCGCCCAAGUUCCUGGGUGGCCACCAUCACCACCAUGGUCACAGUUCGCCAACGUACCAAAAGCCGCGACGCACGAUCAACACCGCGGACAUUGACGUGUCGGCGUCGAAGUAUGCGGGCAGUGCGCGCACCCCACUGUCCAGCCACCAUCGGUCAUCGGCCCUGCUGGAUGCUGGGUCGUCGCCGACCAACUAUGCCGGUCCCGGCAGUGGAUGCUCGCCGGAUACGGCGCUACUUUCGUCGAUCGGAUCCGCUACGAUCAAUCUGUCCGAGACCGAUCGCUCCGUUGGUGGAGCGUUGUCCAGCGUAACGCCACUGUCAACACGCGAUCAAGAGCUUAACGAGCGCAGCGAGCAGCGGCGCGCUCGGUCCACAAUCAACCGCAACCGUACGGUGGUACGGCUGAACACGAUUCGCGCCCGUAGCAAAUCGCGGGGAAGCCGCGGCAGCACCGAGGGUCGCGAUCGGCUAACGCUGCCUGAUGUCGGCGGUGAGCCUACGUUUGAUGAGGAGAUGCUGCUGCUGGAACCGCCGACGGUAAGGGCGACCGGUGGUACCUCGUGGCGGGACAAUUUUCGCGACGAGCUCUCGUUACGGCCGCGCACCCGUACCGAACCGAGCAAGUCGCCCGGGGAGCUGCUGCUCGAGAAGCAUCUGAUACGGGACGACGAGAGUGUGCCGGUGGGCACGGCCGAAUCUAGCUACCCACCAACGCGCUCACCAGUGCCGAAACGGCGCGGCACGAUCCGGCGCAAAAGUGCCGUGAAGAUACCGAGCUUUCAUGAGAUCUGUGCCGACAUCAGCUCGGACAAGCUGGACGACGAUCUGAAUGCGGGCGAAUUGCGCCGCCGGGCGUCGCAACUGAUCGAGGAUGAGCUGCUACAGUUUCAGGAGGAGCUGAAGAAGGCAGCCGCGGGCGCGAACAACAUUGCCCCGGACAUACUCGAGGAGCGGCUGAAGGAGGCACUCGAGCAGCAAAUCGCGCAGGACUCGGGCGUGGAGGUUGCGGAGAAGCGAAAGCUGAAGAAAAUUAAGCGCACCCGCACGAAGGUGCUGCCCGUGCCGACCCCCGACUCGGAGCUGGAAACGAAGCCCGCCAGCGAACCGGUGGUGGUGGUGGUGGAGAAUGCGGUCCCGCCCCGAAUCGUGGCCGAGCUGGAAUCAAUCGAAGAGUGUACGGUGUUUAAGCUGCCCAAAAAGAAGAAAAAACAACCUGAAGACACGGUCGCGAAGAAGCCGAUUGCCCCUGGCGGGCAGCGGUUGGAAACGACCGAGCUGCAGCAAGUGCAGCUGGUCCUCGUGGACCAACCACAGUCACACCGGGCCGAUUUGAUGAAUGGAAUGGAAGAUGCGUCGAAGCAGGCUUCGACGAGCGUCGGCAGUGAAAUCGGUGUCGAAGGGGCAGGAACUCCCGACACGCCAGCGCUGCCGGCGACGCCCAAACUGAGCGCGGAGCCGCGCAAGCUAGCGAAGACAGGCAUAAAGACGUACGUGCGUAAGAAAACGGUGGAAAAUUUACCGGAACCGAGCGUAACGGAGGCGGUAGCGAGCAAUGAAAACGUUUCGCCAAAGGAAAACAAUCUUCCAUUCACAAAAGAUGCAGCAAACGUGCAAUCUGAUAUUAGGGCGCAACCCAGCUUACAGCCCGCUACGAAGAAGAGCGAACCGGAAAAGAAAACGACAUCACCGAUAGAAUGUAACGCAUCAGUCAAACCGAAAGAAGGGCUGCAAUUGAGUGUGCCAGUAGUGGAUGAGAAAUCUGUCGAACCCGAUGGUGGCAAGCGCUGCGGUGAGGUCACAUCUAGCAAUGAAGCUGCAAUCAAAACUGCUUCCAAUAAACCACUGAAGCAAGUAGAUCCAGCCCAAAGCUCCACUGUCGAGAGGCCUGCCCCUGGGACUGCAGCUCCGAGCAAGAAUCAAUCGGUUGACCAAAAAAAUGCCAGUGUACCGACGGCGGAGCUCAAAAGUAAUGUCACAGCUCAACCCGCUGUGAGUCAAACGUCAGAAAAUGUAAAGCAAACAAAAGACCUCCCAUCUAGCGAACCGACCAUUGCUCCAACUCCAAAGCAGGCAGAUUCUGGUGUGCUGACCGUCGCAAGCAAAUCGCAAUCCACCCCAAUUGCUCCAUCAAGUGAGCCAAAAGCUUCGCCACCACCGUCUAGCACCGAGUCCACUGGCAAGCAACCGGCAACAAAGGCUAAGCUGGACGAGCCUGCAAAACCAGUUCCCAACAAGCUAGCUCUGCGCAAGAAACCGAUCGAUUUGAAACGAUCGUCAGAAGAUGUGGACUUCUGGAGUACUAUCGGAACACGGGAGACGGUAUCCUUUGCGCGGCGCAAGCAGCAACUUGUGCAGCUCCGGACGACCGAAGAAGAAGACUCACCUCCCGCUUCACCAAGCCAACCAUUCCCCGGCUUACCGACGACCCCGAAGCAACCGCAAUCGCCAGAAGCGAACACACAAGGGAAAAAAUUGGAGCUGCCUAAAACGCUCGACGUUGCUAAGGCCCCGGCUGAGCCAGUAACGGUGAAGCAAGAUACAGUUGCAACGGUGAGUGACAAGAAAACAGUCCCUUCCAAGUGUAGUGCAGCAGACAAAACCGUUGCUGUUUCUUCGGACCGUUUGAAAAUUCCGGUCCAUGUGGAGGCAGCUCCGUCAGUGAAACCCACUGCAGCAGACGAAAAGAUAACAAAACAACCGGCCCAGACAGAAGACCAGACAGCUAAACCAAUUAAACCCGAACCAGACACAAUAAAAACAAACCAAGUUGCUCCGCUGGCGAAGGCAAAAGACUCCAACACUUCGGCACCUGCGAAAGUAGCUCAGUCUGUUCAGCCAGCAAUUCCUUCGCUUGCUGAAACUAAAUUACCGAAAACGGUAACCACCACGCCGCCGGAAAGUCCAACCGUAAAAACGAAAGCACCUUCCUCCCUGACAUCAGAAAUGUUGGCGACCCAACCCCCGAAGUCUGUCACCACGAGCCCGGACGUCGUUGCUCCAAACGGUAAACGUGUUAGCCUUCCGGGGGUAUCCGCAUUGGAAGAUUUGGCAACGGCACCAUCAGCGUUGCUCGUUGCAAAAGCGAAACCAAGCACAACCUCAGACGCCACUGCUUCGAAAACAAAAUCAACCAACGUUCCAGGGACUUCCGCAGCCGAUCUUUCGUUGGCACCAGCGAAAUCGAAUACACCAGCAGAACCACUCCUUUCGAAAGCGAAACCCAACGCCAGUCCAGACGGCACGGCGCUCAAAACAAAGCCUACCACCCUUGCCGGGGUAUCGGCAACAAAACCGAAACCGGUCACCCCACCGGAGCUACCAUCGCCGAAAGCCAAGCAGCCCCCCACCCAAGAACCCGGACCCAAACCAAAGCAACCAGCACUUCCCGAGCAAAUGCUUCCGAAAGCGAACGUUGCCAAAGUACUUCCGGCGCAGGAUGUCAUCCCGAUCGCGGCACUCGACACUAAAAAACUGUCGCCGAAGGAGCUGAUCAAAGCGAUCGCACCCAACAUUGCGGCGGCGGCCGAAAAGAAGCUGGCACAGGGAAAAACGAAACCGAAAGCGGAACAGCAACCGGUCGAGCCAACCGUACCCGCAGCCGGUAAGCUAACCACGUCCACCGCGGCGGCUGCUGUCACUCCAACAACUCCCAGUCCAGAUGGCAACAAACCCGACCCAGAACCGGCGAAGAAAGUGGUCGUGAAGAAGGUGGUGAAGGUGGUUAAACCGAAAGUGGUGCCCGCCGCGUCGAAGCCAAAGCCCGAACCGGAAGUAAGCGAGCAGGCCGACCGGGAACAGGAACAGCGCCGGCUCGCCCAACAGCAGCAGAAUCUCGAACGCAUGAAGACGAAGCUCAACCAAAUCACGCUCAACAUGGGUGUGAAGGGGACGGAGGUGGAGGUGAAGGAAUGCCAAAAAUGUCUGUCGGCGAUAGUUUCCGAGGCGCUUCCGGUGGCGGUAGCCAUCGAGACGGCGGCCCCCGCACCGACACCGAAUGCAACGAAGCAGCCGAUCGCGAACGGGGCGAAGCUGACGAAGAAUAAAUUCGGCACGCUAGACAAUCUGAGUGACCUAUCUGCAGUGGACGUUCGCGAUCGUAACAACACGGGCGUCGCGCAGCCGUCAGUGGUGAAACCAAAGCAGAAGCAGACAGCAGUAGUUGCAGCAGGUGCCGAGCAGCAGCAGAAGGUGUUGUUAUUGAGCAGUGAAGGGGACAGCAAGGAAGCUACAGGUGUUCCAGCUGCUGGUGUAGGAGCCCUGGUCGAUAACGACAGUGCAUCGGAGACAUCGUUCUCAGGCGUAGAAGACGACUGGUCAUCGGAGGAGGAGGAAGACGACGACGACGAUAUGGCGAACGAUAAGCCCGAGAAGAAGAAGCCGUUCGAUCCGACCAAGCGCGUCAAGUUGAACUUCGACCAGAUGCGCAAAUGCUACUCGAAGGAGGAAAAAUCACCGAUAGUGCUGGUGGCCCGACCGCGCCCACUCUGGAAGGUUAAGCGGCACGGCCAUCGGCACAACCGGAAGGCGGACCUGACCAGCAGCAGUAGCAGCGGCAGUGGCAGCAGCAGUGACGACGAAAGCACCAGCACCUCGACCACAACGAGCAGCGGAGCGACCAGCAGCUCCACCAACACCACCGAUCAAACGUCCUCCGAGGCGGUGUCCAUCUUGGACGGUGCCACCUCGGACAUCAACACGGACAGCAGCGUAAACUCGAGCACGGGCGGCAAACAGAAGGGCAAGGGCCAGCAGGCGAAGGGCAAAGGGCAGAAAGGGAAAUCGGACCCGUUCAGUGAUAUCUACGACAAUCCGAUGGUGAUCCCGCUGCAUGCCGAACCGCGCACGAGCAGCCGGAAGAGCGGUGGCUCGUUUGCACCACCUCCGGCCCGGGACGAGAACAACAACACGCCGGCAGAUCUGGACGAGGACGAGCGGGCACGCUCGAUCGGGGCCGGCCACGAGGUACGCAGCGCCAGCACGAGCAGCCACGAUUCCGGUUUCUACGGUGGCGGUACAGCACCCAUCAGCCCGAAGAAAGCGCUCGAAACGUCCUACACCUAUGCACAGUUCCAGAAGACGGGCAAGCUUACCGCACCCGCUACAGUGAUACCGCGCUUCCGGAAGUACAACGUGGACGACUUCCACUUUCUCACCGUGCUGGGCAAGGGCAGUUUUGGCAAGGUGUUUUUGGCCGAGCUGAAAAACUCCGACUACUGUUACGCAAUCAAGUGCUUGAAGAAGGACGUCGUGCUGGAGGAUGACGAUGUGGACUGUACGCUGAUCGAGCGCAAGGUGCUGGCCCUCGGCACCAAGCAACCCUUCCUGUGCCAUCUCUUUUGCACCUUUCAAACGGACAGUCAUCUGUUCUUCGUAAUGGAGUACCUGAACGGCGGCGAUUUGAUGUUCCACAUCCAACAGAGCGGUCGGUUUCCCGAGGCACGGGCCCGCUUUUACGCUGCCGAGAUUGUGUCGGGGCUCAAAUUUCUACACCGUAAGGGUAUCGUCUACCGUGAUUUGAAGCUGGACAACGUGCUGCUUGACUAUGACGGUCACGUACGGAUAGCGGACUUUGGUAUGUGCAAGCUUGAGAUCUACCUGGACAAGCUGGCGGACAGUUUCUGCGGCACACCGGAUUAUAUGGCGCCCGAAAUCAUCAAAGGGCAAAAAUACAACCAAGCCGUCGACUGGUGGUCGUUCGGUGUGCUGGUGUACGAAAUGCUCGUCGGCCAGUCACCGUUCAGCGGCUGCGACGAGGAUGAACUGUUCUGGUCCAUCUGCAACGAGAUACCUUGGUUCCCGCACUAUCUCUCCAAGGAAGCGUUACGAUUGUUACAGUCGCUUCUGGAAAAGGAUGCCUCGAUACGGCUCGGUGUGCUCAACACGAUGGAUGAGGAGAGCGACAUCAAGUAUCACCCCUUCUUCAAUAGUAUUAUCUGGGACAAAUUGGAGAGACGAGCCAUCGAACCACCAUUCAAGCCCCAAGUCCGACAUCCACUCGAUACGCAGUAUUUUGACAAGCAGUUCACUCGUGAGCGAGCGCGGCUGACACCCAUCGACCGGAACAUCCUUGCCUCGAUGGAUCAGGCCCAGUUCGAAGGAUUUACCUACACCAACCCCAACAACACACUGACCAAAAUACGGGAGAAGCAGAAGAAAAAGCAGAAGAAAAUGUACUUCUGCCCCCAGUGCGGUGAUAUUAAAGUGACGUACAAUAUCUUCUAAGCGCCGC